AUGCGCUUCCCAUCCUUUCCUACAUUUCUCCGCACGAUACACACCGUAACAAAUACAACAACCGCCUUUCUUCGAUCCAGCCCCACGACUGGUAUUGGCCGUUCCAUUUAUAACACUCCCCAGCGCGUAGUUCUCUACCGUUCGAUGCCAAACAUUCCCUUCCUGGGCGCUCUUUUCGGAUCUUCUAGCAGCAUGUCCGAUAACACGAACUAUCCAGUGCAGAAGCCUGAGGGCGAAUGGCAGGCACAGCUAUCGCCUGAGCAAUUUCGUAUCCUCCGAAAGAAAGGCACUGAGCCACCCGGCUCCGGAAAAUACGACAAGCACUACCCCGACGCCGGCGUCUACACCUGCGGUGGAUGCGACGCGCCUCUUUACAAAGCAAACCACAAAUUCGACUCUGGUUGCGGAUGGCCCGCCUUCUGGGACGCCAUACCCGGCGCUGUGGGACAGAAGUCGGAUCCUAGUCUAGGCAUGAUGCGGACUGAGAUUGUCUGCAACAAUUGCGGAGGUCACCUGGGACACAUUUUCAAGGGCGAGCGAUUCGGCAAUCCCAAGGACGAAAGACAUUGUGUUAACAGUAUUAGCAUCAACUUUAGCCCUGAGGAUAAGAGCUGA